AUGGGGAAAGGUGACGAGGAGGAGCACGAGGGUGCGCAGGAAUGGCUGACGGGAGCUCAGCGGCAACGAAACAGACGCCUUGCGCACGGCGCUAUUUGUUUCGUCGCCCCUCCUCUGCGGCACUACGAUGAGAGUAAUGGAAGUGUGUGGCGAACGACGACCAAAAUUUGCACCGCCGUGCGAAGCGCGGCGGCCGACGUGUGCGUCACGCUCAGCGUGAGUCCAUUUCGGGGGCGGCAACCAACCAUUGUGUUUUUGCCGCUUGACCACCCGUGGGACGGGGACCCCCACUGCGGCGACACCACUGCGUACGUUGAGCCACCACCUUUGGCCUGGCUGCCGCCGCCGCACACGGGGACGCGAGCGGAGGUGCAACGCGACAGGGCGUAUGCUGCAUUGGGCUUUACGAUCUCCGACAAUGCAGUGCGCUUUUCAAGUGUUAUGUGCGCGUUAGAGCGGGCCGGGUUUACGGAGGUAGGUCUCCUAUCGAAGUCGUGGUCCUUGAAGUGGUGCAAGCGCUCAGUGCGGAGCGAUUUUGCACGGCUGCAGUCAUUUCAGCGGGUCAACCACUUCCCCGGAACGUGGCGCAUCGGCAAGAAGGAUGAGCUGCACAAACACCUCGUGGCUGCACGGGAACGCUGGCGUGAGGAAAAGGGUGAGGGUUCCUUUGGAGACUUCUUUCCAGAAGGCUGGGUGGUUCCGGAGGAGCAAGAGGCCCUAGCUCAGGUGUUGCGCUCCAGCAAGGAGCGUGGUCAGCUAUUUAUUGUUAAGCCCACAACCAGCGCAUGUGGACGAGGCAUUUAUCUUGUGCAGGCCGACAAAGGUGUGCAGUUGGCAUCUGCACUGCGUCAGCCAAACGAGUGUGGCGAGAGGGACAUGCGUCCUCAGCGGUUGCUCGUGCAGCGCUACGUCGCCGAUGCGCUGCUUGUAGAAGGGUAUAAGUUUGACCUUCGACUCUACGUUGUGGUGACCUCGUACGCGCCGCUCCGGGCAUAUUUGUAUGGCGAGGGGCUCGUGCGGUUUGCCACGACACCAUAUCCCACGGCGGAGUCCGCGGACGCCGAUCACGCAUUUAACCUCUCCCUCACGGCACAUCUCACAAACUUUACUAUCAACAAAAAAUCUGAAGACUUUGUGCCGCCGGAUGAGCUUGCUGUCAAGGAGGGUGGGAUAAGUGCCUCCAAGUGGACGCUUGCGGCGCUACAGAAGCAUUUUCACAUGCAUGGCUUGGACUGGAAUGCGACGAUGGCGCAUAUACAUGACCUUCUAGUGAAGACGCUACUUGCGGUGGAGCCGCACGUCAUACUGGAGCAAAAAGCCAUCAGUGACACAGUGGGAAGCGGCUGCUUUGAGGUGUACGGGGUAGAUGUGUUGCUGCGCCGCCCGCAUUCGUCGGAGAACCCCGUACCGAUGCCUGUUUUAAUGGAAGUCAACAUUAUGCCCUCUCUAAGUACGCAUUACUCCUUACUAGACCAAUGCGUCAAGGGUAACUUUGUUGCGGAGAUGCUGACACUUGUUGGCCUCACCGCCGCGCGUGGAUCUAAGAAGCGGGGAACCGCUGCUGUAACUGUCUCUCAAAUGCAGGAAGAGGAUAGGCUGACUUUUUCUUACGGGCAUCCAUUUCUUGAUACUCUGACAGAUGCGACUGAGCUCGAGGCUUGUCUGACCGCGGAGGAGGAGUUUGUGCGACGCAUGCACUUUCAACGCCUCUGCCCAACCUCGCAUUCCUACUCGCGUUACCGUUCACUGUUCACCCCGAGUAAAAGUGGCGCCUCUCGCCGUUCACUGAAUGAAGUCCUGAGUUUAUGGGAACAGGCGAAGUUGGUGAAUCCACCAGCGUAUAUUUGA